AUGAAAUCUAUUAUAAGUUUUUUAUUUUUCAUUGUUAUCAUUGGAAUAGCUACUGAAACUAUAACAGCUCAAUACUAUGGCGGUUAUGGAGGAGGAUAUGGUGGAGGAUAUGGUGGAUACCCUUAUUAUGGAGGCUACAGUGGUUAUGGAUAUCCAGGAUAUGGAUAUGGAGGAUAUGGUUACCGUAGACACUCAUUUGGACACAUGUUCAGACCAUUUUUUGGUGGAUAUUAUGGAUAA